CACGAGCGCUCACUCCAGCUUCUAGAAUGAACGAGAACCGAGAGAAGAAAGAACUUGUGGUCGAGGUGUCCGGAGAAUCCUCAGAGACUGGUGAAGGAACGACGUUAGAAUGGUCUACAGUCAAGCUUUGGUGUUCGGACACGGCUUGUCCGCCACUUCUGAAGAGGAAAACCUAGCCGAGAUGUGGAGGAAAGUCCUGAAGCGCCUCAGAGGCGCUAAAGAAACCACUGGACGCCUCCAGAAAACCAACAGCUCCUCAAGCCUGGAGUCGGAUUGCAGCCUGGAGGAUGAUGACCUAGAAGCAAGUAUCCAGCUGCAGCAGAAGGAUUUGGCUGUGCGUAUCGAAAAGUGUCUCGUGAUGGCGAAAGGAUCGAGUCUGCAGUGCAGUGAGCUGCUGGUGCCGGUACGCAUGAGCACCCGUAUAGCCCGAGACGUUCUCCGGGUCUCCGAGCACGAGCCGUGCGGUCUCAGAGGAGCUCUCAUUCACCUGUUCACCGAGACCCAGGCGGGUUUACGGAGAGUGGGAACGGUGACGCCGGAGCACAGCCUCACGCCCACCUUUGAGCUGUCGGUGGUGUUCAGAGUUGAUCCGCAGCGCUGGCCUCCUCUAAAGCACCUGCUCGGACCGGAGAAAGUCCUGCGGUUCCGACCCGAGUAUCGCCUCAUCAAACGGAAGCUGUACUCGUCUGCCAGCCCUACAGUGAUGGAGUUUUAAGUACAGAAGCGGUUUGAGGAAGCAGGAUGUGGAUCACUGUGCUUGUAUAAGAACUUGAUAGUCAUUUUUGCACAUUCCAUUGUGUUCUGUUCAAUUUCUUCUCAAUGGAAGAUGAAAUGGAUUUGUUACUGCUGAAAUGUUUUGCACAUAAUUGCACUGUUUACAGAGUAAAUAAAGUUCUGAAUGUUUCUUAGCUGCAUUUAAAGAAUGUUCGAAUGCUCUGAGGUGUGAAUGUUUUUAGAUGCACUGUUAAGGAGGAAACCAGGAGAAUCCCCCUGCAAGACACUAACUUCAAACAUACUGGCUUAUUUUUGGCAACUAUUUAGAUGUGUAAUUUGUGCAAAGUUCUUUAUUAUAUACUUUAUUUUUUAUUUUGUUGGUCCCAGAUGUUAAAGGAGCCAAGCUGGCUUUGUCUCCCAGUAUUGUUAAUGUACCUUUUUUAUUAUACCUCUUCCCUCAAUACUAAGGAAAAAUUAAAUCUUUGAACUGUG